AUGGCAGGCCAAUUAGGGGGUCUACAGGGCAAAGUUAAGGAAACUUACCAAUCAGCCCUUUUUGUACAUUGUAUGGCACAUAGAUUAAAUUUGGUGAUGCAACAAUCUCUCAAUAAAAUAAGACAAUGCAAAAUAUUAUUUCAAACCUUAAGCGGCCUCGCAGCAUUUUUUUCCAAAUCUUCGAAACGAUCGACGGCAUUGGACCAAGAAGUUCAUAAAAGGUUACCAAGAGUAGCUCCUACUCGUUGGAGUUACAACGGCAGACUGGUAGAGACCGUUUUUGAAUAUCGACUACCCCUUAUUGACUUUUUUCAAAAAAUAAUGGACAACAGGCAAGAUUGGGAUAAUGAAACAGUGGUGUGCUCUACCGGUUAUUUAAAUAUGUUACAACGAGAAGGUGAUUUUAAUUUUCUGUUACUUGUUUUUUCUCAAAUAUUUCCAUUCUGCGAUAAUCUCUUUAGCGUUCUACAAACUAAAAUGAGUGAUAUAAAUUUUUGUAUAAGAAAAAUUCAGGAAUUUAGGAGAAUAGUUUCAUCAAAAAGGGAUCAAUUUGAUGAAUUUUGGCAAAAAUUCGAAUAUUUGGACAUUUUAACUACAGAACCGGAAAGAAAAAGAACACGGACGGAAGAUACCGUGAACGAUAAGAAAAUGGAUCCAAAAACCCAAGCUCGUAAACUGUUCUACGAAAUCAUUGACAAUAUUUUGGCUCAGAUAGACGACAGAUUUAACAAUUUUAAAAGCCUAAAAUUUCUAGAACUCGUCAAUUUCGAAGAAAAUAAUGCACUUUCAGAAGAAGCCUUUAAUUCUUUACAACAAAAUUAUCCGAACUUUUUUGACUUUCCCGCGUUGUGUUCCGAGCUGUUUGUUUUAUACAAUACUUCAGAGGGUUUAAAUAAACAUAGUGUUAGUGAGUUAUUAAAAUCUAUUAAAGAAUGUGGACUACAUCGUGCGUGUCCGGAAAUCGUUAAGCUUUGUGAACUGUCACUUACCAUACCCGCGACAAGUACAUCAGCAGAACGUAGUUUUUCUACACUCUAG